CGGCGAUAUGGAUAAUGAGGGCGACAUGGAUGUUCAGCAACAUGGAGGGAUAAAAUCGAUAUCCCAUGUAUAAUUUGAUCAUUUUAAAAGUUAUGUACCUGAAAUGAGUAUUUUUUUAGACUUAUACAUGCGGUUCAGUAAAAUGCUGUAUUAAUAAUUUUUCCAUUUUGUUUUAUUUUUUUUCUCUCUCGCAAUAUGACGAGUUUCUCACAGCAGCGGUGAGUGCGAUGGCGUCCUUCCUCUUGCGCCGACCCAAGGUCCUACUUCAACGGCGGGGCCUUCUCGACCCGUCGCCAUUCAGCGAUGUCGUCUCCUCCUUCGAGCGAGCCGGAGGCCUAAGCUCCCUCGCCUCCUGCCCGCUUGAUCGCUGAUCUGUUGCCCCCCGGCCCGAUCUCCCCGCCGCAGCUACUCGUAAUCUUGUCCCAUCCACGGUUCAUAGCUGCAUUGGCUCGGAAAAGAUUUCUGCCAAUGGAAAGCUUUUCUCAGAUCACACUUUUUGUUCACUACAUGGGAAUCCACAAUUUUUGGCUCGUUGGUUGCAUGUGGAAGCACAUGGUGGAGAAUUGAAGGCUCAAGCCGAGAAUUUUUCUCGGCAUAAGCAUACUGAAGACUCAAAAGUACUUGCUUUCAGCCCACUUGAGGGAACCCUUACUGGAGAAAGGAAAAGCGGAUUGGUUAAUGAAAGCUUGAAGGUAAAGAGAAUCGAGCUCUCCAUAAAGACUACAUAUGCACUUCUACCACUCUUGCUGCUUGUAUCAAAGACCAAGUUGACUACUUCCAUGCUUGUGUUGUGCACAUACUGGCAAAUUUAUGGAUUUUUCAAGGAAAUCAUUCUGGACUAUGUUCACGAUAUACUUCAAGCUGCUGCUGCUUGUGUUGGCGAAGGAUACCGUCAUUGCUUUCAAUUUACUAUAAAUUCCCUCUUAGUGAUGAUCAAGGCAAAAGUCAAUAAGUUGGCAAAUGACCAACCUAAAACUUUUGUCACAAUUGCGUUAUUUCUCAUAUUUCCCUCAUGAGCAUGCGUGUAUGCUAGUUUUCAAGUUUGUAUGAGAAUAAUGCACAAUAGCAGCCUUUUAUUUGUUGUUCUUGUUCUCAUUAUCAUCUGAAAGUUUCCAUCUUGCACCGGAAUCAUAGAAAUUAUCAUCAGAUCACAACAAAAUGUCAUGCCAUUUUGUUUUCACACUCCAUGUUAUUAUAGGAGCUUCCUCCUAUAGUGGAAAGGUGCCUGGCAGAAGAAAAAAGGUGCAAGUUGGGUGGCUCAUGAAUACUCUUCCCUGAUUAGCAGCACCCACUGUACUAUUUCUCAUUACUAUUAUCAAGGCCUGAUGACUAUAAAUCAACUAACACCUUCUUAAACUUCCAAAAGCUAUAGCCACCCUCUGAAAUUUAAUUGAUGAGGGUGAACCUAUGAUACUGACCCUAACUUCCUUUGGCAAACAAUCUCUAUGCAAGCUUGCACAGGAUAACUAAUAUCUGUAGGUGACCUACCAUCAUGACCUCAAACUUGUAUCAUAGAAUGAAAUGGCAGUGACAACAAGAUUCCUUUGCUGCAUCAAGCAAGAAGUGACAAGAAACUUGAGAAAGAGUGACACGGCCAUGUUUUGCCCAGUGUAUGGUCCUCAGAGCUGUUUUGCAGUUGGCAUUUAAUGCUGGAAGAAGGUCCUUAUGUAAUCUCAAGGUCAGUAUAUAUACUAUGCUCUUCCGUUCCCUUUGGUUUCAGUUCAUUCUCAGGGCUCACAUUGAAAGCUGUAACAAGAGAAGAAAAAAUAUAAUGAGAAAAACCUGCUGUGACAAGGAAGGCCUGAACAGGGGAUCCUGGACAAGCCAAGAAGACAAGCUGCUCUCAGACUACAUUGGGGUUCAUGGCCUUGGGAGAUGGAGAACCUUACCUGCUAAUGCUGGACUAAACAGAUGUGCCAAGAGUUGCAGAUUGAGGUGGCUAAAUUAUCUGAGACCAGGCAUUAAGAGGGGGAACAUCACUGAGGAAGAAGAGGAGCUCAUUGUCAGGCUUCAUAACCUACUUGGUAACAGAUGGUCGUUAAUAGCAGGAAGAUUACCAGGGCGAACAGACAAUGAGAUAAAGAACUACUGGAACACCUACAUGAGGAAGAAGAAAGGAUCGGCCACCGGCAAGUCAAUUCCUCUGCUGAAAAAUAAAGUAGCACAGUCAUUCAAAGAAAAAGGCAAGGAGCCAGAAGUCGUCGCGAUCCAAACCAAGAGUAUCCGAUGCACCAGAACUCAUUUUGCCAAUAUCAUACCUACCGAUGCAUCUCCUGUUCUUCCUGAUCCAGUGGCCCUGUCUGAUUUCAUUGUGAAUGAUUCAACUAGUUCUCAAGGUGCGAGCAGAAUCUGUUCUACUCAGACCAUGCGAGAUUCAGUCUUUUAUCAAGCAGCUGACAGCUUGAGUGCCACUUCUUCAGCUGACUUCAAUUGUACCAGAAUCUCUAACAGUCAGUUGGAAGGUGGCCAGGGGUUGGAUCCUCUCCUGUGUGAGGAUGACGACGACGCAUGGUUUCAGUGCUAUUGAAUCCAAAUAAUCUAAAGUUUAGAUUUAGAUUCACUAAAGCGUCAAAGCAUGAGCUAGAUUCAGAAAAUAAUCUAAAGUUUAAAUUUUGCUUCAGACUUAAACAACUGUUCGAACUUCGAAGUCAAAUUUUAGUACUGCACU